CACACGAGCAGCGCUUAAAGUGAGCCGGGUGGCGAAUUUUCGCCGUCUUUCAUUGCAGACCGUCAAACCUUCACCGAGACGCGAUAACAGCAUUUGCUGUUAUUCAGCUCUCGCAUCCUAAUGACACUAUCCAGUGUUAACUCUAGCUUUGUUCAUAGAAGAUUAUUUUGAUAGACUGCGCGAAGGUAUUUUUUUUUAUUCCUAUAGAUGAUUGUACAUUUUAUUUUGUUGCCACCAUGGUGCUAGGAAAGGUAAAGAGCUUCAUUAUAAGCUACGACUGUCUAAAUGACAGCAAUGUACCUGUUUUCUCAAGUGGGGACUCAGUCUCAGGAAGAGUAAUUAUCGAAGUUACCGGGGAGAUUCGUGUAAAGUCACUUAAUUUUAAUGCAAAAGGAUUUGCAAAAGUUCGUUGGACAGAAUCACGAAAUGCUGGAUCCAAUACUGCCUACACACAAAAUUAUACAGAGGAAGUGGAAUAUCUCAAUCAUAGAGACAUCCUUAUUGGUCAUGAAAGAGAUGACAAUAACUCCGAAGAGGGACUAACCACUAUUCAUUCAGGAAGACAUGAGUAUGCAUUCAGCUUUGAGAUUCCACAAACACCGCUGGCUACUUCGUUUGAAGGAAAGCACGGCAGUGUGCGCUACUGGGUGAAGGCUGAGCUGCACAGGCCGUGGCUUCUGCCCAUGAAGACCAAGAAAGAGUUUACUGUCUUUGAACACAUUGACAUCAACACUCCUCUCUUGCUGUCCCCCCAAGCGGGCAGUAAAGAAAAGACACUAUGCUGCUGGUUUUGCACCUCAGGUCCAAUCUCUUUAAGUGCCAAAAUUGAACGGAAGGGUUAUACUCCAGGAGAGUCCAUACAGAUCUUUGCUGAAAUUGAAAACUGCUCUUCGCGUAUGGUUGUGCCAAAGGCUGCCAUUUACCAAACACAGACCUUCUAUGCCAAAGGGAAGAUGAAGGAGAUCAAGCAAUUAGUGGCCAACAUCCGAGGGGAGUCUCUGUCUUCUAGCAAGACUGAGACUUGGAAUGGAAAGAUGUUGAAAAUCCCCCCUGUUUCACCCUCCAUUCUAGACUGCAGUAUCGUAAGAGUGGAGUACUCACUCAUGGUGUAUGUGGACAUCCCCGGUGCCAUGAAUCUGUCCAUCAACAUGCCCCUGGUGAUUGGCACCAUCCCACUCCACCCAUUCGGUAGCCGUACCUCCUCUGUCAGCAGCCAGUGCAGCAUGACCAUGAGUUGGUUAAGCAUGACUCUUCCAGAGAGGCUUGAAGCUCCACCAGCCUAUGCAGAGAUAGUAACAGAAGAGCAGCGACAGGGCUGUCUGGAAGUGUCCUCAGGCCGGGAGAACUUUGAUGGCCCACUAUUCGCCUACAUCCAGGAGUUCCGCUUCAGACCUCCUCCACCCUACUCUGAGAUUGAUCCACAUCCAGAUGAAGCUAUGUCAGCUGUAGAGCAGAGACUUCACACCUGCCCAUCACGCUGAGAAAUGCAUGAAACGAGUCUAAAGCAGUUGGGCUUUAUGAGCUUUCAUAGUUGUUUGUCUCUCUGUGACAGCAUUUGUUCACUUUGCUGGCACCACUGAGAGAAAACAAACUGGGAAAUGGGAAAAUCCUGAAGGAUGCAGGAAGUCACUGGCAAAUUGCUGCCAGCCCAACCCGGAGAUUCACAGACACAAAAGCUUGUCUGUGUCAUGCCCCUGUGGAUGGGACACACCUUGUCUGAUAAGUCCUGCAGAGCUUUGUCAUAGUAGUUACGUUGCUAAUGUUUUUCUGUCAGGGUUGACAAAGAACAGCAUAACAGACCAUUUCCAAGAAGAGAAAUGUAGGAAAACACUACAACUACAGCCACUCACAGUACAACUGAGAGAAACUAAUCAUCGUAUUCUUGCCUCUGUUCAUUUUUGCACAUUUGUUUUCCUCACUUGAGUUGCGACUCGCUGAUAUAUAUUUUUUAUUUCAGUGUGCAGCCUCUCGCUUUGUUGGACCUAGUUGUUGGAGUAGUCUUUUUUAUCCACACAACUUAUCCACACAACUUAUGAACAACGCAGAGAAAAGAUUAGGAGGAGAAAGAUUUUAAUGACUGAUGUAAUGCACUGAUUUUGUUUAAGCUCUUUUGAGGUUUAACGUGUUUCCUCCUGGGCACACAGACAAUAAUCUUGUGCUUGGUAACAGACCAUAUGAAGGCACUUUGCAACAUUGCCUCAAUAACUCGUGUUGAUUUUUUUUCUUCUCUUUUUUGCAUGUUCACUUUAUUUUAGAUUCUACAGUUAGAAUACCUUUAAGCCAAACAUGGUUUGCUCUUUGUUACAAUGGUUUGUGCUAGAGAAGCAGUCCAACUCUUGCUAGCCAUGUGUGAGCUCAGAGUGGAGCAAUAGGCAGGCUGCUCUCGAACAUCCUAAAGAGUUUGUAGAAUAUAGCAGUGCAGGUUUCUGUUUAGCCUGUGUUUGAACAAAUGCACUCUCAGGCGAUCUCAUUCUCCAAAUGAUGAAAAUACUAAAUGGUGUGGACUAUAUGUUCUUCUGCACUGUUUAAGUUAGGUAAAGUAUAAAAAGAAAUCUGAUCCGAUAUUCAAAAACAGAUUAAGAGAAGAGUUGCAAGGCAGCUUUCAAUGACUAAUGGCAUUCCUUUUUGUCCUGCUUGUCCUGCUGCAGGCCCCAUUUGUCUCUGUGUCUGUGUCUAUGUUUCCUAUUCAUAUAUUACAUUAUAAAUGUCUCAUCAGACCAGUGAAACUAGAUAUGAUGGAGAAACUUAAGAAAUGAGCUAGAAAUUGGAAAGUACCCCAGGAAUGACACAAACACUUAAAAAGCCAAGCUGUAAAGCUAGAGGACUCUGGAUUUUGGCUCAAGUACUAUUUCGUAUAUUGUUGAAAUGAGUUGUACAUUUGUUUUUAAAACUCAUUAAGCUAGCAAUGUUUCCUAGGGGCAGAACAUACUUGACCUUGCUUAAGCACUUUUAUACUGAGUUGAAGCUAUAAAUGCAUAUCUUGGUUGAGGUCUGGAGAAUGUGACAUUCCACUAUUAAACAAGAUAGAUGUUUUAAACUGUUUUUGGCCUGCUUAACAAGCAUAGUGGGAUAAGUUUGUGUGUUAAGUGCAGUUUAUGAUUCACCAAGUUUUUAAAUCACUGCAAAGUGGUCUUAAAAGUGACCUUCAUUGAGUACUUAACAUGCUAUCAUCUUUGUUAACCUUACUAAUCAUCCUGUUGUUUUCAGUCUUUAAGUACUGUUUAGUUUCAAUGGACAAAAAAAGAAAGUCAAAGGUCCUUCAAAGCGAGCAUUGAUUGUUUGACAUGCCAGGUUUACAGUAAAUUAUGUUUUCAGUUAUAGGAUUUGAUGAGAACUAUGGGCAUUCAUGUUUGUUUUUCCAGACGAAGAGUCUUAAACAGCUCUGGUCCACUUAUCUCAAUUAUUAUGGGAACAAUGCUGUAACACCCUAAAGUAGUACUGUAGGUAAUCCUGAUAAUUCAAGAUAAUUAUACACAGAAGAAUUACCUACUGAAGUGUUUUUAAAAUAAAUAGAAAUGGCCACCAUUGAAGGAAUAAGCUUAAACACAAAAAGAUCAUUGUCAUUUCGGUGGUCCAACACUUGGCCUUUAUUGUAGUCUAUGUUCAAGCUUAACUCUUGACACCUGUGGUGGGAAUAUGGUAUGUUACAGAGAUGAUGUGCAAUAUUUCUUGUUUGAGUUCAUUUGGUCUCUGUGGUCUUUUUAUGUCUUGUUUCAUUCUUUCAUUUCAGUGAUUUAUUAUGUGAUGUUAUUAUAAUUGAAAAUAUAUGUUCCUAAUUGUUUUAACUUCUGUCUUAGUUCUUCCUUGAAAAUAAACAAACCUCCAAAAUAUAUAUAACUUUUGUUGUU